GGCCUGCUGAACCGGAAAACCUCCUGCUCCUGGAGAAGAGCACCAGGCGGACUACAACACCCACAAGGCUCCAGGCCUUCCUCUAAGCCACUUGCGACGGGCCUCGACUCGGAGGCAGAUCAUUGGUUCUCUGUCGGCGGCUUGGUGGCUGGGACUGGAGAGCGGGAGUAGUUCUGGUUUAGGUUGGGUAAAAUUGUUAUCGACCCGCCUCAAAAACCCGGAAAUGAUCUCCCCGUAAACCCACGUGUGGUGGAGAAACCGGGUUUGGAUGUGUGGAGGGGUGGUCCUCCGACAGGCUCCCCCACCAGAGCGACUCUGCUCCUGAAGUCUGCUUUUGAGGGCGCGGGGACUGAAGCUGACCAACGGAGGCCCCCGCAGCGUCCCACUACCCACGCUUUGCCUCAUGGAGACUACGUUUAGCAGCCCCGCUGAGGCGGCGCUGCAGCGGGAGGCGGGUGCCGCGGGGCUGCUCACUCCUUCCGCGGACCUGGACCGGGUGUAUGAGCUGGAGCGAGUCGUUGGCUUUGUCCGCGAACUAGCAUGUCAGCGGGUGGCCUUGCAGUUCCCUGACCAGCUCCUGGGAGACUCUGUGGCUGUGGCUACACGACUGGAGAAGAUCACGGGAUCGAAGAUGUUCAUUCUGGGAGACACGGCCUAUGGCAGCUGCUGUGUGGACCUGCUGGGUGCUGAGCAAGCUGGAGCUCAGGCCCUUGUACAUUUUGGCCCUGCCUGCUUGAGCCCCCUGGCCCGGCUGCUGCCUGUUGCCUUCAUCUUUGGUCGACGUUCUGUGGUUUUGGAACUCUGUGCCAAAGCCUUUGAGGCCCAGAACCCGGACCCCACAGCACCUGUGGUGCUGCUGAGUGAGCCAGCCUGUGCCCAUGCCCUGGAGGCCUUGGCCACUCUCCUGCGUCCGCGGUAUCUGGAUCUGCUUGUCUCCAGCCCAGCUCUUCCCUUGCCAGUGGGCUCACUCAAUCCAGAACCUGAGCCCCUGGAGCGUUUUGGGCGCCACUUCCCCCUGGCCCCAGGGAGGCGUCUGGAAGAGUAUGGUGCCUUCUAUGUGGGGGGCUCUGAGACUAGCCCUGAAUCUGACCUUGACCCAGACCUGAGCCGGCUGCUCUUGGGUUGGGCACCAGAGCAGCCCUUCUCCUCCUGCUGCCCAGACACAGGACGGGCUCAGGAUGAGAGUGCCCGGGCUGGGCGACUAAGGGCACGCAGACACUACCUGGUGGAGCGAGCCAGAGAUGCCCGUGUGGUGGGGCUGCUGGCGGGCACAUUGGGUGUGGCCCAACACCGUGAGGCCCUGGCACACUUACGGAACCUGACUCAGGCUGCCGGCAAACGCAGCUAUGUGUUGGCUCUGGGGCAACCUACCCCUGCCAAACUUGCCAACUUCCCUGAGGUGGAUGUCUUUGUGCUGUUGGCUUGUCCCCUGGGCACCUUGGCACCCCAAUCAUCUAGGACCUUCUUCCGGCCUGUGUUGGCGCCAUGUGAGCUGGAGGCUGCCUGCAACCCCGCCUGGCCAUCUCUAGGCCUGGCCCCUCACCUCACACAUUAUGCGGACUUGCUGCCUGGCUCUCCCUUCCAUGUACCCCUCCCACCACCUGAUUCAGAGCUGUGGGACACCCCAGAUGUGUCACUUAUUACUGGGGACCUCCGACCCCCAUAUGCCUUCACGACAUCAGAUGGUCCUGGAUGCUUGGCUCUGACUCCACGGCCCCAGCUGGAGCUGGCUGAGAGCAGCCCUGCAGCCUCAUUUCUUAGUUCCCGGAGCUGGCAGGGAUUGGAGCCACGCCUGGGUCAGACCCCAGUGACAGGAGCUGUGAGCGGAAGACGAGGGAUUGCCAUCGCCUAUGAGGAUGAGGGAAGCAGCUGAUAUCAUCUGGGGCUAGAGACAGAUGGAGUAAUGAAUCCCUGCUAGAAUUUUUGGUGCCCCCUGUACCACCAGUGCCACCUCCCAUCCUCUACUCCCAGGUUCCCUGAAGGAUAGAGGGAGACAGGCAGCCUCUCCCUGAAGACAGGACCCAGCUCUCUCCUGUCCUGGCACUAGCACAAAACUCAGCAGAUAUUGCCUUAGUAAGCGCCUGUGGAUUGGCUAUUGAAGGAAAGGGCUUGGAAGCUUCCUUGAGGCCUUCUGGGCCCAUUUUGUUUUUCCAAGAACAGCCCAGCUCCUCUGUCCAAUCCCAGUUCUUAGUCUGCAAUUGAGGGUUUUCCCUUGUUAAGGGGCAGGUGCUAGAUGGUCUAGACCAGGGUUUCUCAACCUUGGCACUAUUGACAUCUUGGACCAGAUAAUUCUUUAUUGUGGGAGCUGACCAGUACGUUGUAGGAUAUUUAGCAGCAUCCCUGGCCCCUUCUGGCUAGAUGCUAGGAGCACCACCACCCCCAGUGGUGACAACCAAAAAUGUCUCCAGACAUUGCCAAAUGUCCCUUGUGGGGAUAAAAUUGCCUCCAGUUGAGAACCACUGGUCAAGAUAUGGGCUGUCCAGUACAGUAGCCACUAGAUACGUGAGGUUGUUUAAACUUAACAUUUAAUUAAAAUGAAAUGAAACUGAGAAUUCAUUUUCUCAAUCAUACUAGUUACAUUUCAAGUGUUUUGAGGGGACAGUGCAGCCUUAGAACAUUUCCAUCACUGCAGAAAGUUCUGUUGGCAGCACUGGUCUGUAUUGACUCUGAUUUCUCUCUCAGGGAGGCUGCAGAAACUUGAAUAAACCAGAUACUUUU